AAAUCGGACCGGCUUUCGCGACUUUCCUCCAUUUCGGUUGCUAGGAAGAGCGUGAGAAAAAAAAUCGUUGUAGGCGUGGGUGUUGACGCGAGGGGUGACAAAAGUGGCGUUCGUCGAACAAAGCGGCACCGCGAUGGUUGUCCGGUGACGCUGGAUUGAUCCGGGAAAGGCGGGUACCAGGAAAACGGGAUUGGUGGCGAAAGCACGGGCGUGUCGGGCGCUUAACAGUUUGCGCAGGGGUUACCCCGCACCCGUUGCCGCUUACUAAUUCGGCAACCGCCGCCGUGGACCCCAUCUGUUUUCACUAGUAACAUUGUGUCCCGGCGAGAAGCAACAUACUCUGUUUUUACUUAAUCUCUGUGUAAACUGCCCUAUGUUGUGUAUCAUAAUAUUAAGUGAACGCAAACUUGUUUUUAGAGAUUGAUUGGACUGAAAACACAAAACACACACACUACUAAACUAACAGAACUGUUUUCUUUUAGAAAAUUUCUAAUACUUCAAUUUUGCGCGCGGCUUCGCCUUGUUUGUUGUUUUUACCUUCGUUCUUUGUUUAUCCAACAAGUGGUGCCGAACUAAAACAAUUUUGUAUAUUUUUAUAAUAUCAAAACCGUGGAUUUCAUUCAAUCGGAUCGCAUUCGACCAUUCCGUGCAGAUAUGCACCCCAUCUUCGGCGACCAUCAGAACCGCAUCUAUUACCGCCAACAUCCCACAUCUGGAUAUCCGACAACUGUUGCGGCCACCACCGGACACUACCCCUACGAGCAAUACUCCCCUUACGGAUAUCCGGGAUGGCCACCUCAUCAGCAACACCAGCUAACCUCUCCCAAAGACAUGGUCAAACCACCCUACUCCUACAUUGCCCUGAUCGCGAUGGCAAUACAAAACGCGUCCGAUAAGAAAAUCACCCUCAACGGAAUUUAUCAGUUUAUAAUGGAACGUUUCCCGUACUACCGCGAAAAUAAGCAGGGAUGGCAAAACUCGAUAAGGCACAAUUUAAGUUUAAACGAGUGCUUCGUGAAAGUUCCGCGCGACGAUAAGAAACCGGGCAAGGGUAGUUAUUGGACGUUAGAUCCCGAUUCGUACAACAUGUUCGACAACGGCUCGUACUUGCGACGCCGACGGCGCUUCAAGAAGAAGGACGCCGUGCGGGAAAAGGAAGAGGCGAUCAAGCGCCAGCAGCUACAACCCGACGCAGUUCCUAAACGUGAUGAAAAGCCCCUAGACAUAACAAAACCUAAACUAGAAUGUAAACCUAAGCGCGAGCCCAACACGGAACUAACCCACUGCAUGGGCAAAUACCACGAGGGUAAAUCCGUAAUUGUGCACCAAGAUCACAUACUCGGCGACGUCACCGCUUCGCUGCAAGGCAUCGACGCCUCCGCCGCCUUUAGCGUCGAUAGUUUAAUGACGAACCGCGACCAGUACUCGAACCCCCGUCUGCACGCUUCCGGCGGCAUGUACUCCUACUGCCCGAGCGCCACCCCUCAACAGUACAUCUCGGAGGAGACGCCGCGCUACAACAGCCCCUGGUACAGCCCGGAAACGUCGCCGGACUCCUCCGUAACGGCGGGCUACCGCGACAUCAUCUUCGAAAACGUACCACCCAGCUGCCAGCUUGCCAGUUUUCGACACACAUCCAGCCCGUCGAAUUACCGACCGACGCCCUCCUCGUACUACCAUCACCAGCAGGAGUGCGUCGCGCAAAAAUACUGAAAGGUCGUCCUCUUGUAAAAUACACCAAGACUGAGCUUGUGCGAAUAGUUUUUGUUCAAUGUGAUAAUACCUACUAGUUUAGAGUUUUUUUUUAUUUUUCAUUUUUUGAUUUUUGUUUAUUUUUCGGGUUCCUAUUAUCUUAUUAGUUUUUUUAAUCGAAUGCAUUUAGAAAAUGGUUGUUGUGAGAGCGAUACCUAUGAGAUGCAAAGGCCGGGCGUGCCCUGUAUAUAGAUGCAAAACAUUUUUGAUUGUACCAUAGUGUAUAUGUAGACGUAUAUUUGAAUGUAUCAAUGAGCACGUAUGUAUAUUUAUUGAAUAUAUUAUAAUAAUGAAUACAA